UGUUUGUUUUGCAUGCUGUCUCUUUCUUUGCGCACAAAAAUGUUAAUGCCGGUUGGAUUUUGCGGUGCUAAAUUAAUAACACUUCAUACCAGUUCUAUUGCAAAUAAACGCGUACGUUUUUAUUCUUUGGUAAAAAUGACUUCUCAAUCAAAAUGGAAAAUUGAGAAAAACAAGAUCAUGAAUAUGCCGUUAGAAGAGAAAAGGAAGUUAUAUCGAACAAGUGAAUUUAUCAUAUUAGAUAAAGUUGACCCUUGGUCUAAAUUUGUUAUUAAAAAUAAAGAUAUUGAGAAUUUUAAGCAUAACCUUGAUGAUCUGACUGAAUUCCAGAAGUUAAAAUUGGAUUCUAGUAAGGACAAAGAGCUGGCUGAUAAAGUGUCAAUUUUCCAGGGUGAUAUCACGAAACUUGAAGUAGAUGCAAUUGUAAAUGCAGCCAAUUCAAGGUUGAGAGCUGGAGGAGGAGUGGAUGGAGCCAUACAUCGUGCUGCUGGUCCAUUACUUCAGGAAGAAUGUAAUUCAUUACAAGGUUGCCCUACUGGAGAUGCCAAAGUCACUGGUGGAUACAACUUACCUGCUAAAUAUGUUAUCCACACCGUUGGGCCUCAAGAUGGUUCAGCUAAAGCUUUACAGUCAUGUUAUGAAAAGUGCCUGCAGUACCAUCAAGAGUAUCGUAUCAAGUCCAUUGCUUUCCCGUGCAUCAGUACAGGAAUCUACGGUUUUCCAAACAGACUGGCAGCUCAUAUCGCCUUGAGAACCGCUAGAAAGUUUCUAGAAACCAACCAGGAUAUGGAUAGAAUUAUCUUUUGCACUUUUAUGCCUAUCGAUGUUGAUAUUUAUAAAACUCUGUUACAAAUGUAUUUCCCUGUUCAUAAGUGGAAUUAUAAUGAUGGUGCUUCUGUUUCAGAGUAAAAAUGAGGUACGAUGCCUUGGUGUUUAAUUUUAGUCUAUGACCGAAAUUACACCAAAUUUUUUAUUUUUUGCAUUUAUAAGUGUUAGGUUUCAAGUCUCACCUUUAAUAUAACAAAAAGUUAAUAAUUUUAGUAAUUAAUUAUUAAGUAACAAUUUAUGUUAUGCUAAGGUUGUAAUUGCUGAAGUGUAAUUUUUUUUAUAUAAAAUUAUUCU